AUCCUUUAAUUACGACAACUGAAAAUGGGCGAGUCGCAGGCGCACCCUCACAGAGCACAGGCACCGCAGUCACCAACACACCAAGCAGGCACACGGAUAUAUUAGCCCGCAUCCCACGGAAGCUGCAUAAAAGCCGCAGGACGCUGCCUGCAUUUCCGCAGUCGCUGGCCAAACGCUCAGCCAAGAGCAUCUCCUGCGAAAGCAAGCACCUGCUUCCUGCUAGCCUUUUUUUUGAGUGGCGCCAACUCCGACAACUUGAAACUAAUCGGAUUCAGAUGGAGAGUCCAAAGUGAAACCUAUUUUUGUUUUGUGCCGAGCAAGUGACUUUCGAGUGCGAAUCGAGUUUACCUGUCGCUGACAACAAAGUGGAGCUUGUAGGAAUAUUUCCUCCACAACGCUUAUAGCAAGCCCGGCAGGAAUCCCCUAUAGACAAUGGCUGGGCCAUUCAUAUCGCCGCUGCCCGGCGACUUGCUCACGGAGUACAUGUUCGGCCGGAGGAGGCAGCGCCGCAACCGCACCACCUUCACGCCCCAGCAGCUCCAGGAGCUGGAGGCCCUCUUCCAGAAGACCCACUACCCGGACGUCUUCCUCCGCGAGGAGGUCGCCCUGAGGAUCAGUCUCAGCGAGGCGCGCGUCCAGGUGUGGUUCCAGAAUAGAAGGGCCAAGUGGCGGAAACAGGCGCGUCUUCAGCUGCUGCAGGAUGCUUGGCGGAUGCGCUGCCUCAGCCUGGGCACGCCCCCCGUGAUGGGCGGCGGAGGAGGAUCCGCCGGAGGCGGCAGUGGCUCCGCAGGGUCGCCUGCGGGAGCCCAGACGGGCAACCGGACGCCCAGCCAGACGCCCGAGAACCUAUCCGCCGGCAAGGAUUCUGAAAUCGGGGACGCGACCUCUGCUGGAAACUUCACCAUGAUGCAUCCGGCGUUCCAACAGCAACAUCAACAGCAUCAACACCUCCAGCAGGGACAGGGAUCUGGACCUGGAUCGGGAUCUGCAUCUGGAUCCGGGGGCACAGGCAUGGACCAGGAGAAGCUCUCGAAGACCUACACGGAGCUGAAGCUCUACAAGGCGCCAGCGCACGGACUCGAACUGGGUGGAAUGGCAGCCACCCUUUCCGGCUCCACCCAGUCGGACGAGGGCUCUGACGGGUCCGACUCCGAGGAAAUCGAUCUCACCUCCGGCGCCUGCAUCGACUUCUCCCAGAGCAGCAAGCUCCAGCAGCAGGCGACUGCAGCGGCGGCCGGGGGCGUGGCUUCGUCGGCCACACCUAACGGGGUUCUCUAAGUACUCCAAGGACUCACCAAUAGGAGUCGCAACAUCUUUGGGCAGUCAUUGCAAUUUUUUUUAGUUUAUUGUUGGCUUGGAUCGUUUCUUUUAUCCGCGUAGGAGUACCAAACACACAUGUUUCCCGCUCUUUAAACAUUUUUUUUUACCAGAAAAAUAAAUAUAAAUGGUCCCUUGUAUAUACUCACACACUCAAAACCCCUCGAACAUUAGGAAAUGGCAGUUAAUGAUCGAUAAUAAAAGAAAACGUAGCCACUUGUAGUGGAUGGCGACGGAGAGCCCAGAAUCUCACGGGUCAGAAUAUAUUAACAGUA